GGGUCUCUGUCCCUUUCCCCAGUACCACUCCUCUUCCUUAAACCCACUACUAUCAUCUUUUCUCUCUCUAGAAAUUUCACUUUCCUCUGCCCAUGGACAAACAGCAGCAGCAGCUGUCUCUGGCCAAGUGUUCGCGGCAGCAGCGAUGCAACGAAUGGAUAUUCCGGGAUGUUCCUAGCGAUAUUACAAUAGAGGUGAAUGGAGGAUCAUUUGCAUUGCAUAAGUUCCCUCUGGUCUCUCGGAGUGGGCGAAUCCGGAAAUUGGUAGCAGAACACAGGGACUCUGAUAUUUCAAGAAUAGAGCUUCUUGGUCUACCUGGAGGUGCCCAGUCAUUUGAGUUGGCAGCCAAAUUCUGCUAUGGUAUUGACUUUGAGAUAAUAUCUGCAAAUGUUGCUCAGUUAUGUUGUGUAUCUGAUUACCUCGAAAUGACUGAGGAGUUUUCAAAGAAUAAUCUUGGUCCACGUGCUGAAGAGUAUCUUGAUAUUGUUGUGUGCAAGAACCUUGAAAUGUGCGUUGAAGUCUUGCAACAAUGUGAGAACCUACUCCCUCUAGCCGAUGAGCUAAAAAUAGUUAGCCGAUGUAUUGAUGCAAUAGCGUCCAAAGCCUGCGUAGAGCAAAUUGCUUCAAGCUUCUCACGCUUGGAGUACAGCAGCUCAGGAAGACUUCACAUGACCCGCCAAGCCAAAUGUGAUGGGGACUGGUGGAUAGAAGAUCUCUCUGUUCUUCGGAUUGAUUUGUAUCAAAGAGUCAUAACGGCGAUGAAAUGUCGCGGAGUCCGGCCUGAGAGUAUCGGUGCAUCACUCAUGAAUUAUGCUGAAAAGGAGUUGGCUAAGAAAUCCAGCUUAUGGAAUCCAUCUAGCCAACCGAAAAUUGAUUUGGUUGCUGGUUCAAGUGGACAUGAAAGACUUGUGGUUGAGACAAUUGUUAGCCUUCUGCCUGUUGAGAAACUUGCUGUUCCCAUCAAUUUUCUCUUCGGGCUUUUGCGAAGUGCUGUGAUGCUUGAUUGCACGGUUGCUUGUAGGCUUGAUCUUGAGAGGCGGAUUGGGUCGCAGUUGGAUAUAGCUUCUCUAGAUGAUCUUUUGGUCCCCUCCUUCCGCCACGCUGGUGAUACUUUAUUUGAUGUUGAUACGGUUCAUAGAAUUUUGGUUAAUUUUUCCCAACAAGAUGAUAGUGAAGACGAUAUGGAAGAUGCCUCAGUCUUUGAAUCUGAUAGUCCUCAUUCACCCUCCCAGACUGCAUUGUUCAAAGUUUCAAAGUUGGUAGACAAUUACCUUGCUGAAAUUGCACCUGAUGCAAAUCUCAAGCUCACUAAGUUCAUAGCAAUUGCAGAAACUUUACCAUCACACGCACGUACUAUUCAUGAUGGGUUGUAUCGAGCCAUUGAUAUUUACCUCAAAGCGCAUCAGGGUUUAUCAGAUCCAGACAGGAAGAAGCUCUGUAAACUGAUUGAUUUUCAAAAGCUCUCACAAGAAGCCGGUGCACAUGCGGCACAAAAUGAACGCCUUCCUCUUCAAUCAAUGGUCCAAGUGCUAUAUUUUGAGCAGUUAAGGCUCCGAAAUGCCUUAUUCUGUUCUUACCCCGAGGAAGAACACAAGCCAAUGCACCAGUCAUGGAGGAUCAGCAGUGGUGCACUAAGUGCUGCAAUGUCUCCCCGAGACAACUAUGCAUCACUGAGGCGAGAAAAUAGGGAGCUGAAACUUGAGCUAGCUCGGUUGCGAAUGAGACUAAAUGAUCUAGAGAAAGAACAUGUUUGCAUGAAGAGAGACAUGGAGAAGUCCAGUUCUCAUAAAUUUAUGAGCUCUUUUUCAAAGAAAAUUGGCAAGCUGAACUUUUUUGGGCACAGUUCAUCAAGGGGAUCAAGUUCUCCCUCAAAGCAUUCACAAAAAACCGAUUCUAAGGUAACCGAAAGAACGUGAACAAGCAUGUUUUUUAGGUAUUUCAUGUUACUCGGAUUCGUUUAACUGCUUCUGUUGAGUAACAAUGAGUCAUGCUUUUUGGUGAUCUUUGUUUCUUUCUUUUUUCUCCCUUCUUGUUUUCUUCCUCCCACCUUGUAUAUGAGUUGUGGUUCGUUGCAUUAGUGAUAGAAAGGAAUGAGCUUUUUCUUGCAGAUGAUGGUUUUCAAAGGGUAUAACUUGAUAUAAGAAAAUUUCUUAUGUAAACAUGUUAAAGAAGAGAUUGACGGUUGAUGCUACCUAUACUACUGGAUUUUUUUUCUUGUU